ACACUAUUAUUAAGAUGGCGUUUAUUAAAGAGGAGAGUGAAGACAUGAGGAUUGAAGAAGCAUUCAGAGUUAAACAUGAAGAUACUGAAGAAACAUUCAGAGUCAAACAUGAAGAUACUGAGGAACAAACAGACACGAUGCCACCAAAAGAGGAGAGACAAGAACUGAAUGAAAUGGAAGAGAAGGAUCAGAAUGAGGAACUUCAUGAUUUCAUAACUGGAAAAAAAUCUGUAAAGACUGAAAAAAUGUCCUCACGAAAAAGAGCCCAGAAGACCAAAUCUAACACCUGCCAUCAGUGUGGAAAGUGUUUCAGUGAGAAAAAAAACCUUAAUGACCACAUGAGAGUUCACACUGGAGAAAAGCCUUUCACCUGCCCUCAGUGUGGAAAGAGUUUCAGUCUCACAGGAAACCUUAAAAUCCACAUGAGAAUUCACACUGGAGAGAAGCCUUUCACCUGCCCUCACUGUGGAAAAAGUUUCAGUCACACAGGAAACCUUACAAGCCACAUGAGAAUUCACACUGGAGAGAAACCUUAUGCAUGCCAACAGUGUGGAAAGUGUUUCAGUGGGAAAAAAAUCCUUAACGACCACGUGAGAAUUCACACUGGAGAGAAACCUUACACAUGCCAACAGUGUGGAAAGGGUUUCAAUGGGAAAAAAAUCCUCAAAGACCACAUGAGAACUCACACUGGAGAGCAACCCUACAUAUGCCAACAGUGUGGAAAGUGUUUCAGUCAAAAAGCGAACCUUAUAAGCCACAUGAGAAUUCACUCUGGAGAGAAGCCUUACACCUGCAAACAGUGUGGAAAAUGUUUCACUAAAAAGUGGAACAUCAUAAAACACAUGAGAAUUCACACUGGAGAGAAGCCUUACACAUGCUCUCAGUGUGGAAAGUGUUUCAGACAUAAACCAUCCUUUGAUUCCCACAUGAGAAUUCAUACUGGAGAAAACCCUCACACGUGCAAAUUGUGUGGGAAGAGCUUUACACGAAAAGGAUCUCUUAAGACUCACAUGGUCAUUCACACUGGAGAGAAGCCGUUCACAUGUGAUCAGUGUGGAAAGAGUUUCGGACGAAAAGUAACCCUUAAUCAACAUGUGAAGAUUCACUUUAAGAGAAGUGUUUUAGAUGUUGUCAGUAUGGAAUGAGUUUCACAGACAGGAAAAACCUUAAGAAUCAUGAAAUAACUGGAGAGAAGUGUGCCAUCACUACCUACGUUUUCCCAAAUAAUCCAAUAAUAAUCUGAAAAGCUGUUAUGUAAACACCUCAACCAGUCUGAUUGAGCUUGAUUCAAAUGAAAUUUCGAUCUGAUAGAAGGGGACCUGAAAUAAUUCAAUCAGUACAGAGCACAAUGUCUCGGUUAUGCGUGUAACUAUGGUUCCCCAAGAGGGAACGAGACGCUGUGUCCUCUAGCGCAGCAGUUCUCAAUUCCAGUCCUCGCGUA